AUGGUUAGUUCACCAAUCAACAACAAUGAAUCGCAUCACCCACUAACUGCAAUUGAUAUUAUUGAAAGAAGCACUUAUACUGACGGUUCAUGGAGUCAUCUUCGAAAUAUACUUGCCGGUACUGAUAAUAAUAACCCAUUACCGUCUAACAGGCCUUUACAUACAACGCUUCACUUUAUUCACAGAUUGCAAAAUCUUAAAAAACAUGUUUAG